AUGUCUGGAACACUUCCGCCGGGGCUUCUGAGUACCGUCAGCCAAAAUGCUAUCAAUAACAACUCCACGCCGGGUCCGGAGGUAUCGCCAAUCGAACGUUUUGGCCUUGCUGCUCUACCCGCACUCAUACACAUUAACAAUAACGAAAAGUCGGCGAACGUUUUAUGCCAGGAUGUUGAUCUCAUGGGACUAGACCUCAGUCCGGGUGCAGAAAAUUUGAAGAACAUGGGCUCGCCUUGGCAAGAGACGACGCGGUCGGAGGCUGAACCUUACUUUUCACUUCCAGAGUCUAUACUAAAGAAAAACAUCAUUCCGCAACCAGAGCCAUGCGGUAGCAAAAUACAGUCAUUUCAGGACGAGACACUUUUUUACAUUUUCUACUCCAGGCCUAGAGACACGAUACAAGAGUAUGCUGCUAGAGAGCUAGUGACGAGGAAUUGGAGAUAUCAUAGAGAUUUACAAGUUUGGCUCACAAAAGACAGUAAUGUGGACCCGCAAAUUAUCUCGCCGGACGUCGAGCGUGGUGUUUAUAUUUUCUUCGAUCCGCACAAUUGGGAAAAGAUUCGCAAGGAAUUUGUUUUGCACUACUCUUCAGUUCAGGCUUGA